AUGAAUGAAGAAGGAUUUUCCUCAUUGUUGCAGCUAAGACAUCAAACAGAUUGCAUUGGUGUUAUUUUACAAUUUUUUGGAUUCAAGGAAAGAAUUUGCAAGCUUUCUCUCGUGUGCAAAGAUUGGAUGAAACUCAUCAAACAGCUGCCGAUCAGAAUCCAUUUACAUCAAUACUCGAAUUGGGUUGGUUGGGAUGAAUCAAAUUCAAAAACUUAUAGGAAAAUGAUCAAGAGUGAAUUCUUGAAUAAUUUGAUCGGUUUGGAAAUGUCUGGAUGUGUUUCCGAGGAUGUGAAAAAUGUUGUGAAGAAGUAUUCAAAACUUGAGUAUCUUUCUGUGCAUAAUUGUCAUCCAAGAGGUGCAUUUGCAGUUGCGAAAUAUCUCCCCAAUUUGACUGCGUUGGAUUUUAGUGAAUCAAGAAUUUUAAAUAUUGGUUCAAUUUCUAUUGUAAAGAGUGAAAAUAUGAGAAAUUUAACAAGUUUAAAUUUGGACUAUUGUAAAGUUUCUGAAGUUUUUGCAAGAGAGCUUGUUAGUAGUCCUUAUAUGAACAAUCUGAAUAGUCUUUCUCUUAAAUGUAAUAAUUUGAAAGUGGAAGGUGUCAAAAUUCUUAGUCAAAGUCCAAUACUUUCCAAUCUAACAUUCUUAAAAUUAGAAAGAAAUAGAAUUGGAAAGGAAGGAUUAUCCUACCUAUGUAAUAGUAUCCAUAUGAACAAAUUAACCUCUCUCAAUCUUAAAGGAAAUUCAUUAGGUGAUGAAGGAAUGGAAAUUCUAACCUCUCACAAUUCAAUCCUCAAAAAACUAACUCUUUUGAAUUUGAGUGGUAAUUCAAUUACAGAUGAAGGGAUUAGAACGUUGGUAAAUUCGCCAGAUAUGAGCAAUUUGAGUUCUCUCUAUUUGGGUAAUAAUGAUGGUUAUCGUGGAUGGUUUAAGGUUUACAGUCUUUACAAUAAUUAUACAAAACUAGCUGUCGAGAUGAUAGUUGAAAGUCCUUUUAUGAAACAACUCAAAAAUUUACAAUUAAUUCCUAUGGCAGAGAAAGAUAAGGUAUUACUCAAAUCUAUUCCAAACCUAAAAAUUGUUUCUAGAUGA